AUGAAGCGGUCGUGCUCGGAACGCUUCACAGAGAUCCUUUUGUGCCAUGAUCAGCCUAUGGCUGGCAUCCUCACAGAAUUCACAGCAGCCCGUGCCAAGGCAACAGGAGCGGGUUGCCGAGACAAAGCUGCUGACAUUUACAUCAUUUAUAGUGUAGAGGAAGGUUUGUUGCUCAGAGGUUGCUCUGUAAGAGACCUAAUGGAGCUCUCAAUGAUGGCCAACCUGAAGCCUGGCUGUGUUUGCUGUACAGAGGCUAAAGUGGCAACCAAAGACACAGAGGCCAUAGUGACUGUCACAGAAGCAGAGGCAGCCGUGCCCAUGCCUGCUGCUGAGACCCCUCAGCCACAGCCUGUAGUAAUUGUGGUGACUGAACUAGAGCCAGUAGAGGGUGAGGUCACAGACCCACAGCCAUUAGUGACAGAGCCUGUAGAGAACGGCCACAAUGAACCUGAGCCAACACAGGCUAAGAAGCAUGUCGAGGUGACUGAGGUAAAAGAAGAGGAGUCCGGCACCUCAAAAGUUCCCGCACCUUCAAUGAAGAAGUCUGCUGAUACAAAAGCUACCCCUAUAAAAGAUAAAGAUGAUGAUGUCACCGCCAGCACUCCAUCACCUCCACCUCCAGCAGAGGAUGGCAGCAUUCCCAAGAAACUUUCUAUUGACCUUCCUAAUGAUAGCGACCCUGAGUCAACCAGGGGGAGAAAAGACUCAGUGUGGUCUCUGGGGGACGGCCAGCCUCCCGAGGAGAUUGACAAACAGAUUGAGACUCUGCCGCUCUCGACUCUGUUGAUUGAAAAGCCUCAGAGUGGUUCCAUCAAUGUAGGUGGAGACAUCAACUUCGUUGCUAAGGUGGAGGCCAAAGACUUGCUUCGUAAACCAACCAUUAAGUGGUUCAAGGGCAAGUGGAUGGAUCUGGCUAGCAAGACUGGGAAGCAUCUGCAGCUUAAAGAAUCUUUCGAUCGCUUUACCAAGAUUCACACCUUUGAGAUGCGCAUUAUAAAGGCGAAGGAGAACUAUGCAGGGAAUUACAGAUGUGAGGUCAACUACAAAGACAAAUUUGAUAGCUGCUCUUUUGACCUGGAGAUCAAAGAAGUCUCAGACGGUUCUCAAAACAUUGACAUCCGCUCAGCUUUCAAAAGAAGCAGUGAAGGCCAAGACGAUGCAGGCGAGCUUGACUUUAGUGGGCUUCUCAAACAUAGACAAGGCAGGGAGCACAAGCAAGAGGAAGUUUCUGAGGUGGAUGUGUGGGAGAUUUUGAAAAAUGCCCGACCUGAUGAAUAUGAGAAGAUUGCUUUUACGUAUGGCAUCACCGAUCUCAGAGGCCUGCUGAAAAGACUGAAGAAAACCAAAAAGGAAGAGAAAAAAAGUGAAGCAUUUGCCAAGAGACUGGAACCUGCGUAUCAGGUGGACAAAGGCGGAAAGAUCCGGUUAGUUGUGGACCUUGCUGACCCGACCGUGGAGUUAAAAUGGUACAAGAAUGGCCAAGAGAUCCGUUCUACUCCAAAUAAUAGGAAGUAUAUCUUUGAGCACAAAGGCAUUCAACGGAUAAUGGUUAUUAACAACUGUCAGAUAAACGAUGAUGCUGCCUACUCAGUCACUGCAGGAGAAGAGAAGUGCACCACUGAACUGUUUGUGAAAGAACUGCCUGUGAACAUAGUGAAAAAGCUGGAGCCUGUAAAAACCACAGUGAACGAGAGAAUUGAACUGGAGUGCGAAGUGUCUGAGGAAGGAGCCAAAGUUAAAUGGAUGAAGAAUGGGGUUGAGGUCCCCACAGGGGUGCGCUCACGGUACCGUGUGAAAAGCGAGGGGACCAAACACUGGCUGAUCAUUGACGAUGCCACAAAGGACGACACUGGCACCUACUCCCUGAUGGCCACCGGGGGCACCACUGAAGCUCACGUUCAAGUUGAUCUGAAGCCUCUGAAGAUUUUAAUGGAUCUACAGAGUGUGACAGUGUUGUUGGGUCAACCUCUUAAAUUGAACUGUGAGAUUUACCCUGGAAACGUCCUGGGCCGCUGGUACAAGAACGGCCAGCUGAUCCAGCCUAGCGAACGACUCAGCAUUAUACACAGAACCAAGAAUCACAGCCUUGACAUUGAGAGCUCCACUAUUCAUGAUGCCGGCGACUAUACCUUUGUUCCUGAGGGAUACACACAGACGCUGUCUGCCAAAGUGCACAUCAUAGAUCCUCCCAGGGUGCAUUUAGAGGCACUGAAUGUCCCGGAUGACACGGUGACCAUUGUGGCUGGAAACAAACUCCGGCUGGAGAUCCCUAUUAGUGGAGAACCAGCACCCAGAGUCGUGUGGAUGAAGGGAGAACGGGUCAUUCUUGACUCAGGAAAUCGGGUUCGUGCAGAGACAUUUGCAGAUCACACUUGCCUCACUAUUGAUAUCGCAGAAAGAGAAGAUACCGGAAACUACAAGAUCGUCCUUCAGAACGAAGCUGGAGAAGACACAGCUAGUGUUAAAAUCAAAGUUGUAGAUAUCCCAGAUCCUCCUGAGGCUCCUAUGGUUACUGAUGUAGGUGGAGAUUGGUGCACUAUGACAUGGGAGCUGCCACGCUAUGAUGGUGGUUCCCCCAUCCUUGGAUAUUUCAUUGAGCGAAAGAAGAAACAGAGCUCUCGAUGGAUGAGGCUGAACUUCGACCUUUGCAAAGAGACCACCUUCGAGCCAAAAAAGAUGAUUGAAGGUGUCCCGAUGUUCAUUUUACAAAAAAUGACUAUUGACUAAGUAUUCAGCAACACUAAUCACUACCUUCAUUUAAUACGUUUACUAGCUGUGACCAGUGAACCGACAAUGCUGGUGGUGGAUGAUGUCACAGAUACCACAGUGACCAUGAAGUGGAGACCCCCAGACACCAUCGGUGCCGCUGGACUUGAUGGCUACCAAGUUGAAUACUGCAUUGAAGGAACUGAUGAAUGGAUACAUGCUAAUAAAGAGCUGAUUGAAAAAACGAGGUACACUAUAACCGGUCUGCCAGUGGAGGCCAAGAUCUUGGUGCGUAUCAAGGCCAUAAAUGCUGCUGGGGCCAGUCCACCACGCACAACCCAACACUCCAUACUGGUCAAAGAGGUUAUCGAGCCUCCUAAGAUUCGCAUACCGCGACACUUGAAGCAGACGUACAUUCGAAAGGUUGGCGAAGUCGUCAACCUCGUCAUGCCAUUUGUGGGUAAACCAAGGCCAAAAGUCAAUUGGUUGAAGGAGGGUCAGCCGAUUGACCAAACCAUCAGCAUUCGCAACUCAGAUUGUGACAGCAUCAUGUUCAUCCGCAAAGCUGAGCGCAAGCAUUCUGGAAAAUACGAACUGAGCGUACAAGUGGAGAAUCAUAUCGACACGGCCAUGCUGGACAUCCAGAUAGUCGAUCUUCCAGGCCCACCACAGGCUGUAAAGAUCGAAGAGGUCUGGGGGAAUAAUGUAGCACUGGACUGGAACCCACCCAAGGACAACGGCAAUGCACCCAUAAUAGGCUACACCAUUCAGAAAGCUGAUAAAAAGACAAUGGAGUGGUACACAUGUAUAGAGCACUACCAUCGUACCUGCAUCACAAUCUCAGAUCUGGUGGUGGGUAACGAGUAUUUCUUCAGGAUCUACUCAGAGAACAUGGUGGGCUUAAGUGAAAGUGCCACUGCCACUAAAGACAGUGCUCUGAUCGUGAAAGAAGGCUUGCAACUGAAAAUCCCAGAGUAUAAUGACCGUGACUUCACAGAGCCGCCCAUUUUCACUCAGCCGCUUAUCAACACCUUCGCCAUCGCUGGGUACAAUGCCACCCUGAACUGCAGCGUGCGCGCCAAUCCUCGGCCUAAGGUAAUCUGGAUGAAAAACAAGAUUACCAUCAUAGACGACCCACGUUACCGCAUGUUCAGCAACCAGGGUGUGUGUACGCUUGAGAUCCGCAAGCCCAGCCCGUUUGACGGAGGUGUUUACACCUGCAAGGCUAUCAAUGACCUCGGAGAGGCUCAGGUGGACUGCAAACUAGAGGUCAAAGGAGGUUUUACGUUCUUUGAGCUGAUGAAGCGAGGCGUUCCCUUACACCUCAUUGAUAAGUACAUGAACGAGUCUAAGACCUCUGAGAAGUCAGAGUCAGAGAAGAAGGGAUCCAUCUGAGGGCUGACUCACCCAAUGAUUACCCAGAAAUCCCUGUCACUACUACAAAUAAUGGCACGUGUCUAAACUUUGGCAUGGUAUGCUGUGUUCAGACAUGGAUCUAUAGUUCUAGAAAACACUGCGUCUGACACUCUGCGAUCAUGUAAAGCUGUUUUAAGAAAUGCCACUGGAACUCAAAUGCAUGACUUCAGUAAACUGGAUGGUUGCUUCAAAAUAUAUCACAAAUAGACAUUUUAUUGUGGAAAAUCUAGAGCAGUCAGUUACAGAUAAGGUAAUGUGGUUCAUUUACAAGAGUGGUCCGAAAUGAGCACAAGUCUGGGCUUUGCUGUUUCUGUCUUUAUUUUCUUUUCUUGUUUGAUUUCCCCCUGAGUUUUCCCAACCCCUUUCCUUCAUUCUUUACUGAAUGUACUAAAAUCCACUUAGAUAUGCAAUAUCAAUACUGUGCAACUACCAGAUCAGACAUGAGACGAGAUCUGAAUGUUACAGAAAAUGCUGCGUUUGUCUAAGGAUACUUGAUGGUACAUGACAAUGUUCAUUUUAGCAUGACAGUUGAAUAAAUGUCUCUGUAUGAAAAGCAAUGGUUUCUUUUUUGUUUUAAAGGCCUAUAUUAUUUUGAUGCAGACGGCAAGAUUGGGCAACACUGUUCUUUGGGCACAAAAGAUGUUUGCAUACUGCAUCUCCAUCUAUAUUUAUGUUGAAAUAAUUUCUAAAUAUAUUUUAAUAAAAACUAAAACCAUUUUUUUUUUUUUUUUUGCGGCCUUGCACUGGAAUUUGAGUUAUCUAUAAACAUUUGUGCACAAAUUGUGCAGCAUUUUAAAUUUCACAUUAUACAUUAAAGGGUUAUUUUGUCAUAAUAUAUAUAUAUAUAUAACAUAUUUGUUUUAUUUUUAGGUUAAUUAUUUGCAUCCUCUGGAUAUUUGCACUUUUUGUUGGUAAUUUUCAGUGUGAACACACUAUUUAUACUACAAAAGGGCAUGGAAUAGAGAC